AUGGCGAACCUUCUUGUGGUGACCACCCAGAAGUUGGAGGGCGUCAACUUUCAGUCGAGAACUGCAUCUACGGGCGUCCUGAUCUUGCUCUUCGUUGUGUUAUAUCUAUCGAUCACGAGGUUCAUGACAUGGCGUCGACUAUCAGCUUUUUCAGGACCCUUCCUCGCUUCCAUAUCAUACCUCCCUAUGUUGCGGAUCCGACGCUCCGGUCGAUCUCAUCUCGAAUACUUUGAGCUUUCCAAGAAAUAUGGCUCCUUGGUCAGAAUCGGCCCCAAUGAUCUCCUUGCAUCUAGCCCCGACCACCUUCGCCGGAUGUCGGCCGCACGAUCAACCUAUCAGCGGAGCAGCUGGUACAAGGCAACGAGACUCGAUCCUUACCAUGAUAUGAUGGGGAGUGUUAUGGACAAACAAGCUCACAUGUCCCUCCGGGGCAAACUAGCUGCUGGGUACAUGGGCAAGGACAACCCAGGCCUCGAGUCUGACAUUAACUCUCAAGUCCAGGCGUUGGUCGGUUUGAUCAAGCGUGAAUACUUGUCAGAAGAGUCACUCAAGCCAGUUGACUUCGGCAGAUUGGCAGACUUUUAUGCUCAUGACUCUAAGUCUAAGCUCGCGUUCGGCAAGCCCCUGGGCCUGCUUGAGACGAACAAAGAUGUCCGUGGCAUCAUUGCUAUUGUCAAGCUGGCUUUGGAGUGGAUCCAAGUGUUUACCGACAUUCCACCUCUUCAGAAAAUUUUCCUUUCCGAUACUGUGCUCAAGCUCCUCGGACCGAAGCCCACAGAUAGCUGGGGUGUUGGGUACCUCAUGGGAAUGGCCCGGGAACUGGUCGCCAGUCGUCUUGGUCCAGAUGCCAAAGACCAGCAAGACCUGCUGGGGUCAUUCCUGAAGCACGGAUUGGACCAACGGUCCGCGGAAUCUGAAGUCAUGUUCCCCAUCAUUGCCGGCUCAGACACAACUGCCAACGCAAUCAAGAUGACGAUAUCUCACAUUGCAUCUAACCCAAGAGUUGCCAGCAAGCUUAAGAAGGAGAUCGACCAAGCCAUUGCCGAAGGUGCCAUCUCUCAGCCCUCAACUAAUGAAGAGGCAACAAAGCUUCCUUACCUAGAGGCCGUCAUCUACGAGGGACUUAGGGUCAACCCUCCAUUUGGUGGCCUCAUCAUGAAGCAGGUUGGUCCUGAGGGGGAUACUUUCAAUGGCCAAUUCAUUCCUCCUGGGACAAGGAUAGGACACAGCACUUGGGCCGUGGCGCACGAGGUGUCCGUUUUCGGCGCAGAUUCCGACAUCUUCAGGCCCGAACGAUGGAUCGAGGCCGACGAGAAGUCUAGGAGCAUCAUGCGAAAGCAAACGGACCUCGUCUUUGGCACAGGUAGAUGGGGUUGCCCUGGAAAGACCGUUGCUUUUAUUGAACUGAACAAAGUUCUUGUGGAGUUGUUCCGAAACUUUGACUUCCAAUUCAUCAAUGACCCGUCUUCGCUCAAGAAUUACCAACAACUCUUCAUGGGCGGGUCGCUGCCAAUGAGCGUGACACGUCGAACUGCUGAAAGGCCUCUCAUCUCCAAUUAA